CACAGCGUCUAGUCUGCCCGAAAUUCACACAGAACAAUAAGCUUUUCCAGAGCUAGUGCUAACGUUAGUAAUGCUACUGUAGCGAUUGAGGGGAACAGUUGAACCAGGGCCUGAACCAGCAGGGAGUCAAGCCCGGGGUCGCCGAUAGCUGAGCCGCAAUGGUGGAGAAGUCCGACCGGGCACCGCUACUGGACUGGGAGGAGGUUCCUCCGGCGGAGAAGCCUGUUCCCACACCAGAACAGGAGAAGGACGUCAAGGGGCCGAGCCCUGCCAAUAGUCGGGCGUUGGGAUGCACUGCGCCGGGGAUAGGGUGGAGCACCAGUCCGGGGGGUCCUGGGUUUUUAACAUCAGCGGUCUCUAGCAUAGACACAUCCCUCUCAUCCAGAAGCACGAUCCCCAUCCCUGCGGAAUGGGAUGCUCAGUGUCCCGACAAGGAUGACCAUACCCCGGCCUCAGGACAAGGAGAGGUGCCGCCCGAUAACAUGGUGAAAUGGGAGGAAAAGGAUCCGAUCGUGGCCGUGUUUGUGGUGACAUUUGAUACAAGAUCAGGUAACAUGUUAGAGUGGUGUCUGCCAGGGGACAUGAACCUGGAGGGAGUAGAGUUCAAGGCUAUGGCCAGCGGCUCCCACAGAGUCUCCAGCGACUUUAUAUACUUCCGUAAGGGCGGGUACUUUGGCCUGGCGUGCUUUGCCAACAUGGUGGUGGAUAGUGUGGUGGAGAGGGGGGCAAGAAUGAAGUCUGUGGGUAUCCUGUCAACCUCUUACACCCUGCUGUACCGAUACAUGAGCUUCCUGGAACACCAAGUCAGGCUCCAGUUGAAAACUCCUGGCCAGUACUCUCCUCUGGAGGCGUUCUUUGAGGAUAAGAGAUCAGUGCUGCCCCCCGAUGGGGAGAGUGUGGUUACUGCAUGUCCUGGCAGUCCCUGGGGAGCAGCACUCAACCACUGUAUGCACCCUGAGAUGAAGAUCACCCACCCAGCUGGCUGCAUGUCUCAGUUCAUCCAGUUCUUUGGGGAGCAGAUCAUGGUCCUGUGGAAGUUAGCUCUGCUGAGGAGACGUAUCCUCAUCUUCUCUCCUCCACCUGUGGGCGUGGUCUGUUAUAGAGUGUACUGCUGCUGUUGCCUGGCCAACGUGUCCAUCCCGGGGGUGGGUGUGGCCGUGCCAGAGUUCCGCCCCUUCUUCUAUGUCAACGUGGCAGACAUCGAUACCCUGGAUACGGAACUGUCCUACGUAGCAUGCACCACAGAGAAGAUCUUUGAGGAGAAGCGGGACCUGUACGACGUCUAUGUAGAUAACCAGAAUGUGAGGACGACCAGAGAGAGUCUGAAGCCUUUACUGCGGCUCAGCGCUGCAGACCGAGAGAAGUACCGCAAACUCACUGAACAGAGGCAGAUGCUGUUAUAUUCUCAGGAGGAGAAUGGAGACUGUGUGUCCAGUGAAGAGGACCACUUCAUUCUGUUUUUCCUGGAGCAGAAUAACCGUAUCUUCCAGACGCUGAGUGAGGUGGCAGGGAGACCUGAGCCCAUCCUAACCCAGGAGAGUGUGAGGGCCAUGGGGCUAGACCCUCACGGAGACAGGCUCUUCCUGCUCCACCUGCUGGAGACAUACGGCUAUGACAGCCUCCUGGUCACCGAGCACCCUUGCUGCAGCUGAGGCCUGGGUGGCACACUGACUGACCUACAGGAUCCUGCACACUCAGACACACAGACUCAAUGCAGACAGUCUGGAGUCUGGACUGAGAGGUCACAAUACUUUGGCAAGGCUGAGACAAGGGCCUGUAUUCAUAAAGCGUCCCAGUUGGGAGUGCUUAUCUCAGAUCCGUUUAGUCUUUUAGAGGUCAUUGAAUAAGACGUACAUGGACAGGGGGGACCUGAUCCUAGAUCAACAUUCUGAGAUGCUUUAUAAAUAAGGGAGACCCUCAGGUCAAAAAAGCAAAUGAAUGGAGAGACCCACUGAACAAGAAAAGACUAAUGGAAUUUGGUUCUUGGUACUGUCCUAUGACAUUCAUGGGUGCUCAAUCUGGAUUGUUAACCAUCGCCUUCCUGCCUGUCAAUAAAAUGUACAGUACAGAGGAAUGUCAUUCAUGUCUAUCCCCAACCCUCUUUUUCUGGAUGAGUGGAGCCAACCAGAAACAUCCUGGAACUCUGGAGAUUCGGUGCCUAUGAGCAGAACUUACCAAGGAAGUCAUGCUUAGGUUUCCUUAUGUUUUCAAAUGGGGAGUCAAAUCUAAAGUCUGUGGUGAUGUCCUCAAACUGAGGGAGGAUUUGUCACUUCUCUUAAUAGGACAUCUAUUUAUUUAUGUUUUUGAGAGAAGAAAUCACCAAACUUUUGUCUGUAAAUAGAAAGGGAUCUGUAGAAUGUGUUUUGUUAUGAAAUGAUCCCAUUAAGUCACUACUAAGCCCAAAACCACUGUGGUCAGCAUUGUAUAGAAAUGGCCAUCAACACCAUCCAUAAUCAUGAUACUACAGGCCUGAUACUAAGGGCCCGAUUCAAUCCGUAGCGCUGAAGAUCCACGCUACAGUGUGAUAUACAUUUAAAGGCAAUGUUUACGCGUUCAUGGAGACUGCAUUCACGGUAAACGCUGCAUAUGUCAACUCAUUCGGAAAUGACCUUUACAUUUCAGUCACGCAACUUCCGUGAUACGGACUGAAUCGAGCCCUACGUACACAACACUAGUUCACAUGUGGAUUUGGUUUCUGGUGAAAGAGGGGUCAGGACUCACCAGCACACUUUCUUAUGACGUCCAACAUAGAAAUGUAACAACUUUAUAUGACUUUAAAAAUGUACUUUUAAUCACAGCCAUUUGACCAAGAGGUUUUGGGCUCAAAUUUAAACGUAUGCUUGUGGUGUUUCCUCAAUUCUCUGUCAAAUAUACGAAGAGUGAAAAAUGUGAAUGAGCUGUUGGCUCAAUGGUUAUAUCCUAUCCUUCAGACCAAGAGGUUGUAGGUUAAAACUUAAUUUCUUAUACUGUUGUGUACGUUUCAGCAACUCUCGAUGUCGAACAUACAGAGUAUGGUAUCAAAUGUGAUGGAGGUGGUGGUGCAGUGGUUCAAUUACUGCCGUGAGACCAAGAGGUUCUAGCUUCGAACCUCAUCUUACUCAGCUAUUGUGUACGUUUCCGCAACUCUCAUUGUCAAACAUACAAAAGAGAAGGCUUAAACAAUGUGAUGGUGGUGGUUCAAUGUCUACCUCGAAGCUUAGAGGUUGUGGGUUCAAAACAAAGUGUUGCCGCAGCUCUCGAUGUCAAACAUACGAAGGGAAUGGUAACAAAAAAUACUGUCUCCAUUUCUGUUGAGGUUUAACAUUGUUUUUUGGUUUGCGCCUCUGCAAUUCUGAAUGUCAGAAAUUCGAAGAAAAGCAGAUGUACAGUAAUGGACCAGCGGAGGCUGCUGAGGGGAGGACGGCUCAUAAUAACGGCUGGAAUGGAGUAAAUGGAAUGGUAUCAAACACAUGGAAACAAUGUAUUUAAUACCAUUCCAUUUAUUCUGCUCCAACCAUUACCACGAGCUUGUCCUCCCCAGUUAAGGUUCCACCAAGCGUUGGGCCAGUUACCGAAUGGUCGCUGGUUUGAAGCCCAGAGCCGAAUAGGUGAAAAAUCUGUUAAUGUGCCUGUGAGCAAGGCACUUAACCCCAAGAGCGUCUGCUAAAUUACAAAGAAUGUUGAAAAAAAAUUGUCUGGCUUUUUUUUAGUGAUGCUCCUUAUUGAUUCAUCAGAACUGUUCACGUUAGAAAUCAUGACAUUAUUUACAGUGCUCCCUUCACAUAGGGAAGAGCAGGAAGCCACUAAAGGUGUUGUAGUUAUCAGAAUUGUAAAAGAGCCCCCAGCCCGAGGGGAGAUGCAUGUAGAUCGCAUCCCCCUCCACCAGCUCUAGAGAAUGCAUUAGACAAGAACAGAAGAUCUCCAUGGGUACCGUAUUGGUCAUUUAGCAGAACACUUUUGUCAUUGUGGUAAAGAUGAACGGCGAUGUGAGGUAAUCCAUUGCAGUGAAUCUGAUGUACUAGACUCCCUCUUACUGGCGGUGUGAAGAUACCUGCAUCAGAGGAGAGGGAGGGAUCAGCAUUGUCCGUUUCUCAGAAGCCCUGUUUACACCUGGUUCUAACAUGCGGCCUUUGUACUGAUGUUGUCCACAUUCUGAUUUUGCCCACAUUUUUAAACAAGUGUAGACGAUUAAAAGACGCAUUGUGAUGUGACUGUGAUCAAAUCUUAAAGUGUAAAAAGAGAAGAUCAGGACACAUGUUUACAGCAGGUAUAUACAGGGCUAGAGAAACUGUUGGUAAUGCUGGAUUCAGUGUGUGUUGAUUUGUGUGGUUAGUAGGCUACCUGUAGUUGGGUUGUAGGCCUUGCUGAUGUUGGUGAAGACUUCUCUGUAGAAGUGUGGUGUCACUAUUGGCACUUAUUAUUGAAAGAUAAAUAAAGCCCAUGAAAGCUUACAUUAUUCUGCUAAGAAGCUAAACAAAAAAACAUUCUCCAACAGCCACCCAACCUCCUCGGGUUACAAACAAGUGCAGCCCUUUGGACUGGAAAACAACUCAUUUUCUGUAUCGGUUAUACCUGCCUUCUCUCUCUCCAACACUUCCACCUCCCUCUCACUGACAGUCUGGCCUCCAAUGCUUUGAUUGCCGGAAAGGAUACAUUAGUAAACUUAACAUUUGUUAAACCUACCUUAAGUAUAAUGUUUUUUACAUAGUUUAAUUACCUGUUGCCACUCACUGCCUGUCACGCUGGUCUCCAGGGCUAAAAUAAUAUGAAAGGAAACAAACUAAAAAAUAAUAUGAGAAAUACCCAAUAAAAUAAACUGCCUAUAAAAAACAAAUGAGAAACAGUUUUUGGCCAACUGACUUGAACCUGCAUUCUUUCUCUUCAGCUCCUCCUCACUGGCAUUCAGUAUGGCACUCAUGGCUGGAAUUAUGGUCAGGAAUUCUCAAAAGCCGCUCAAUUCCGCUCUAUUCAAUCCGUAUCGCGGAAGUUCAGCGCUACAGGGUGAUUGAAAGGCAAUGUUCUCACAUUAGCGGGGACUGCAUUUGCCGGCUCA